UUAGACUUCUUUCCUAAAUAAAGCCCACCUAGUUACUCCGGAUACAGAGAAGCUAGCUCUAUGCUCCAUUCUAUAGCCAUGGACAGCCUACCUACCUAGAUCUCUCAAGUCCAACAUUGCGCCACUUUGAAAUCAUGGCUGCCUCUUCUGGUGUGAGGAGAGAUAUACGUGAUCAGAAAACGCGUGUAGCAAUUUCUCAAAUGGACAAGUUGGAGCUCGAAGACCGACACUAUAGGCUCAUGGAGGAAAAUCUGGCCUUGAAGAAAUAUUCAAGAUCUCAGGAGGAGAAAAUAAAGAAGAUGGCCACUAAGUUGCUUCGAUUGACCUCUGAUGACAAGCGAGAAGCAAAGAGAGAGGGAGUAUUUCACAAUGCUGUUCAUCACCAUGGUGACCUAGAGUCGGAGCUGGACGAUGCUCUCUCCAGGAACAGAGACCUGGAAAAACAUAUCACCUCCCUUAAGAGCAAAGUGAUGGUACUGAAACAGCAGCUGGAGAGUCAUGGGAAAAGACACACCCCCUACGACCGAAUACAGUCCAGAAUCAGCUCGGGCAUCAAGAAGAAAGGUCAGAGGUCGAUGUCUACUGAGGACAUAUCCACUGACAAAAAGCCGGCUGCUCGGGAUGCUGCUACUCAGUCGUCAGUCUCGUGUCACAACAUUCUGGAGGAGGUCAGGAGGGACAAUGAGGACUUGGAGGAUCAGUUGCUUCAGUUGCAGCAAGAUGUGUCUGCCUUGAGAGCAGAGAAAGAGAGGACUAGAGAACAGCAAAAACUGAGACGUGCUCAAUUUGAGAUAGAGAAACUUCAGCUACAAGACGAACUACAGUCUCAGAUCACCACCCUGCAAAGAGAGCAUGGUGAGAGUGAGCUGAGCCUGGUCAAGUGUAGGAGGGAACUGAGGGACAAGAACUCUAGACUGGACACACUCAAUAACAAAUUCACCUCUCUGGAAAGAAACAAUGAUCUAUUGAAGGCCAGCCACUCGAGGGUACUUCACGAGAUGGAAGCUCUUAGCCAACAACUGAAAGAGGAACGUGGUCGUACGUCCAAGGUUGAGAGCCAGUUGCAUGACUCCAGGCUAUCUCAGAGGACCAUCACUGAGCUACAGGGAAUGGUGGAGGAGCUGAGAGGAGAGAAGGAUCGUCUGAGGGAGGCCAACGAUAGGCUAGCAAGAAGACAAGACGAGGUAGUGAGUAGUAUAGAGGGUCAGUCGAAGGAUCAACUGAAGACCAGCCAGCGAAGACUGAAAGAACUAGAGUCUGAGCAUAAGAGAGAACUGAGGGAGAAGGCAAAGCUGGUCGAUGAGCUGACAGUGGAGAGACAGUUGAAUGAGAGCUUGGAUAGUGAAAUGCAGGAGCUGAGGACCACCUAUCUGCAAUUGAAGGAAGACUAUGAUCAGAUCAAAGACAAACUGAGCUUCUUCAACAAGGAGAGCUCCCUGGACUGGAGCGAGGUUGAGGAGGCCCUAGUGAUGGUACGACAUGGCAAAGCUACGGGAGGGGGUGUGGUCUCAUUUCUGCCAGAGGACAAAGGGCAACAGGAAGUGUCAGAGUUGAGGGCUAGUCUGGCAGACACUAUUAAUGAGCUGGAGAAGACCAGACAACUGCUUCAGAUGCAGCACACCAUCAACAAGGAGUACAAGAGCGAGGUUGAGUCUACCAGGGAUAGACUGGUGGAGAAGGAACAAGAACACAGCUCACAGCUGCAAGAGUACGCACAGCUGUUGGACAUCAAGGCUGCCAGGAUUAAGAAACUAGAAGGACAGUUGAGGGAGAUAGCUUAUGGCACACGUCAGAUCAAGCUGGACACGGGGAGGUUCGAAUAUGGAGGGGAGGAAGAGGUCAGCGUGGAACUGGAGAGAGGACAGAACUUAUUGCAGUUCCAAGUGGGACAGGUUUCUCUAUCAAGUGAGGCCAUUUCUCAACUCCAUACAUCCUCCCCUGGUUUGUUCAUCACUCUCAACUUCUCAGACUAUGAGGCCCUGGUUACACCUGUCAAGCAAGGCUCUAGGCCCCACUUUGGCUUCACUUCUAACUAUGUGGUGACUGUGGAUGACUCUUUCCUAAAGCACCUACAAAAGAGUUUGCUCAAGUUAGAGUUGAACCAGGGCCUUGGCUUCAAGUACCAAACUUUAGGCGUGGCCACUGUCCAAUGUAAGGAGCUCAUAGCCGCAUCAUCAGGGGGCAAAGUUCACGGGAAAGUUUCACUGACGGGGGUGGAUGGUCUUCGUGAGUGUGUGUGCGUGGGGAGCGUGGAAUACUGGAUGCGAUUCAAGCACCCUGUCACCCAGUCUCUUAGACUCUAUCAGGAGCGCAGUAAGGCUGUAGCUGCUAUUGACGAGGAGCCUCACACAGUCACACAUCUCACACCCUCACACCACCACCACCCACCAGAGGACCCGGACUUCAAUGAGCUAGUCAUCUCAGUCAACAAGGCUCACGGUUUUGACUGCCAACAAUCUGCUGAGUCUCCGAGUUGCUAUGUGAUGUACAAGUUCUACACGUUCCCUGAUCACGAUACUUGUAUUGUUGCCCACUCCUCGGCCCCCGUGUUCCAGGACAAGCACACCUUCCCUCUCUCUAUGAACCAACACCUCAAUCACUAUCUACAAACCAAGAGUUUGGAGGUCUAUGUUUUUGAUGAUGCGUCCACUGAAGAGGGCUAUGUUGGGAUGACACGCCUACCAUUGCUUGAGUUAGCCGAGGGACAGCCCAUCACAGGAACGUUCCAACUACAUGAUAUGAAGGAGAAGGCUGGUGGGUUUUUGGAUAUCUCUCUUCGAUGGAAGCACGUCUAUCACACCCCCACACCCCCACUCACUGUCACACAGCCUCACACCCUCACUACUCACACACCCCUACAAGUUAUCCAAGCUCCUACCACCAAAAGCAUUGAAAAUCAAAGCGAACCACUUGAGAUUGGUAAUCUACCUUCAAAACAACAACUCAAAAACAAUUCAUUCCCCACAGAGGAACAACAGAAAACAGCAGAACCGCCUUUGAAAAAAAUCGAACCUACAAGCCGAAAACAAAAUGAUAAGAAAGCACCUCAUGUAUCUGUGGGAGAAACCCCAGCCCCCUCUGAAUCAGAGAGUGUGUCAUUGCCGUCUGCUAGCUCACCGAAGGUCACUAAGAGAGUUGUGAAAGUAUCUCGUAGCAAAGUCCCUCCGAAAGGUCAGAGUGCAAAACGAAGCAAGGGUAUUUUGAGACUGUCCAAGACUGCUGGCGAGGACAACAAGCUCCUCCCAUCUUUAAAAAACUCCCUCCCACCUCUGAAACAGGAAUCACCAUCGUGUGUUGACAAACAAACUGAACAGUUGAAAACAGAUGUACCAACAAAGCCGCCUACAACUACUGAAAUAAUUUCCCCUAUACCUAAACAACUAGCCAAAAAUGGCCCUACUGAAACAGUACCUCACAAAGCUCCACCCACAGACUCCCCAGAGAGCGAUGAUGACUUCAGCUUGACUGAAACUGAGUCACUGAUGAGCUCUAUAACUGGACUGGAGUCAACCAAACCCCCCACUCCUGAAGUAUCGGCAGCUAGUAGUCAGUUAUCACUCACGACCACGGAUGACACACUCACUGCCUCCAUCGAACCUAUGCUGGAGAGGAGUGGACACGGUGGACCUCGUGAGGGUAGUGGACCUUGUGAUGAUAGUGAAGACGUGGAAGAGGAAAUCGAAGAAGUAUUAUCUGAGGAUGAGGAAGACACAAUGUUUGAAGACCCUCUACAUCAGUCAUUAGGAAGUGACGAUGUCCUGAGUGAUCUCUCGGAACAUUCCAGUGAUGAACUCCUCCUAUCACAUCCCACACUCAAGCCUGCAGAUCUCCCGCCCCCUUCACCGUCACAUGAUCAAAUGAGCGAAGACGAUUGGUCGGAAAUAACCCCCUCAGUAACGGAUCAAGCUGACAGCAACCCGAUCACUUUAAACACUCUAACAGGAGCUACUAAUUCUAUAGACAAUUCGUCCCCUUUUCCCAGACCCACCAUAUCUAUUACAGUCGAGUCUUUUACUCUGGAGGCAGACAGCUCUCUGGAAGAUGACUCAAGAGCGUGUAAUCUCUUUGUGGAGUACCAGUUCCUGGACUUUGAUUUUGGAGAGCUGGAGACGCCCACCUCGUUACCCAAGCCAGCUCAGGGGGAGAGCAUUGCAUUCAAUUUUGAGAAAGUGUUUCAGUUAAGCUCUCACCAACUUGAUUUGCUGGCUGACAUGCUAAAGCCUGGAGACCCAUCAGAAGGAAGAGUUGUGUUUACGGUGGUGGCUGACCCAGAGGAGCAGGAAGGUGACUGUGUGGAAGUGGGCACGGCUGAGCUGGACCUCAACAAGAUAUUGCAAAAUGGUCAAGACUUGCACAGUGAAUGCAUUGAUGUGGUGAGCUGUGAUGAUGCUGAGACUGAUGCUGAGACUGUGGGGUUCCUCUCAGUGACUGUACUAGCUCUACAAACCCUACAAAUACUGAACUCACAUUAGCUGUCCUUGGAAUGUACAUUAAAUUUGUGUUUUGCAUUGCAAUAAUAUUGUCUCUCAACAUGG